CUGCGGAUUAAUCUCCUUGGGCCAACGUUAGCAGCGCGUCGCGAGCCAUGGUUUAUCGCCGGGCUCGCUCGCGGACUUGCUAAUUUUUUAUCGCUCGAAUGCAUUUAAUAUUGUGCGAAAUUAUGGUGCAUCGGAUCACAGCGGAUUGUGCAAUGCCUAGUUUGGGGAUAAACUUGUGAAUGGUUGCGGGAAUUUUGUGCCGUUGGUGGGUGACUGAUAGUGGGUGUGAGGAUUCUGAAGUGAGUGAUAAGGAUAACGUGAUAUGAAGACAGAGGCCGAAGAGUUGGCGCCUGAGGGCGUAUGUGAGGGUAAUGGUGUGGCUAAAGCAACAACAACAACGACAAUCGGCCAGGACGUGUCACCGGGUGUAAUGGAGUGCGGUGGUUGUGGUGAACGGGUACGCGAAAGAACAGUCCUCUGCGUUGGCGGUAGAACAUGGCACUCGAGGUGUCUCAGAUGCUGUGCAUGUGCACGGCCCCUGCACGAUCAGCACUCGUGCUUCCUCAGGGGGAUGAGACUUUAUUGCCGGCACGACUAUGCUCUGGCGUUUGGUGCUAAAUGCGCUAAAUGCGGGAGGAGUGUGAGCGCUGGUGAUUGGGUUAGAAGAGCAAGGGAGAGGGUCUACCACUUGGCAUGUUUUGCUUGCGACGCGUGUUCACGUCAACUCUCGACUGGUGAACAAUUCGCUCUGCUUGAUGCCCGAUUACUAUGCAAGGCCCACUAUCUUGAUGUCGUUGAGGGCAACAACACCUCGUCUGAUGAAGGUGGCGACUCGGAGAGCGGACAUAAGGGUGGAAAUAAAGCGAAGAGAGUGAGAACGACGUUCACUGAGGAACAGUUGUCCGUUCUUCAGGCGAACUUUCAGUUGGACAGCAAUCCCGAUGGUCAGGAUUUAGAGAGGAUAGCGCAUGUUACGGGACUGAGUAAAAGGGUUACUCAGGUUUGGUUCCAAAAUUCUAGAGCGAGACAGAAAAAACAUUUACACACGGGGAAGAUGAAGGGUCAACAUACACCAACAACACCACCAGCAGAAUCAGGGACAUCAGACCCAAUUAAGCCCGGCGGCGUGCAAAAGCCCAACUCCCUCUAUCUACCACAAUCAUGGUUCAGAACAGUCCAUGGACGAAUUGUCUCAGGACUCCAUGAUGCUCACGAUGCCAAACGAAGUGUGAACCCUUCAUCAAACCUCUGUUGUAAAUAUACUCUCAGUAUUUCCUCUAAAUUAAAGUUUCGGCGCUGAUGAGGAGCUUUGGUGUGUAAUUAAGGAUCUCCCAAACGUAUCCGGACUUCCAAGUGAUAUUCGCCGAAAGCUCAGAGAGACUUGUGUGAAAAUGCCCCGCAGUAAUAACCGUUUUUACGGUGCGACCGCUGAGUAAUAUUCGAGAAAUAGAUUUCUAACAGACUCAUCAAAUUAUGCUUGUGCUUAGUUCUCUCUGUAAUCAAAAUACGUGUACGUAGAUGAAUUUUAAAAUUGGCAAGCACAAAAAACCAGUGUUGAGGUGAGCCGAAAGUUGUCACUAUUUUUUUUUUAAUAUUUCAAUGGUCUUCACGUCGGGCCGCCAGUGAAAUCCAGGUGAGA